AUGGGCGUGCUUCAAGCAUUCAUCAAGAAUCAAGAGAUCUUUAACAAAAGCCAAGAGGAGGAAAAUAAGAAAAUCAAGGCGCAUAUGAAAAUGCUAGAGACCAAAAUCUCUCAAAUAGCCCAACCUAGUUCUUCAUCCUCCCCUUCUUCCUCUUCCUCUUUUCCUAGACAAGGUGUCAACCCCAAACCUAUGUAUGUUAUCACUACUAGGAGCGGGAAAGUCCUUGAGAGUGGGUCAAAUUAUGAGGAAAGUUCCAAUGUGAGGAUAGAACUAGAAGAUGAGGAUGAGCCACCUAAAGAGAGUAAGGUCCAAGAAAAAGAAAAUGAGAGGGGUGAGAAGCAAAAAGAGAAGGAGCCAACAAAAGAGAGUGACAAAGAUCAAACACUUUUGCCCCUAAAUCGACAACCUAGGAAUGAGAAAUUUCCAUAUCCCCAAAGGUUUGCUAGGUCUAGGCUUGAUGCCCAAUUUGGAAAGUUCUUAGAAGUAGUCAAUGGUUUGCAUGUUUUGAUACCUUUUGUGGAUCCCAUGAAGGAGAUGCCCCAUGAUGAGUGA